UAUCAAGCACCUUUGGAGGGAGGGCAGUAGCACAUCACCAAGGAGCAGCUUGAGUUCCUCAUAGAUUGUCAUAUGACCAUCAGACAAAUGGCAGAUGUUCUCAAUGUGUUGCAAUCUGUGGUCAAGCGGCGCAUGAGGUGGAGGAUUGUUAUCCAUGGUGCUGUGGAUGGUUACAGCAGACUUGUUGGGUUUCUGAAGGCCUCUGACAAUAACAGGAGUGUCAGUCAUGGAGUCAUUCGAAGCAGCCAUCACCAGCUACGGAGUACCAUCCCGGGUGAGAUAAACACCGGAUGGUGAAAACAACCGUAUCUGUGCCUUCAUGGAGCAGUUCAGGGAUGGUGAGAGGGGAAGUGCCCUCAGAGGAAGGUGCACUCACAACCAGAGGAUAGAACGGCUGUGGGGGGACAUCUGGCAUGUAGUCUCCAACGUUUACCAUUACCUGUUCACCUUCUUGGAGAUGGAGCAGAUCAUCGACAUCAACAAUGAGGUGUACCUGUGGGCACUGCACUUUGUGUUCCUGCCACGGGUGAACAGAGAUCUUGCUGUGUUUGCCAGUCAGUGGAACCGCCAUGGGCUGAGGACUGACCAACGGCAGUCACCUCUGCAGUUGUUCGUCUCGGGUUCCCUGGCAAUGCAGAGGGCCAAUCUGACAGCAGUAAGGGAUUUGUUCGCCCCAAAUUCAACCAUCAGCUCUCAAGCCACCACCUCUGCUCCUCCAACCACCACCUCUGCUCCUCCAACCACCACCUCUGCUCCUCCAACCACCACCUCUGCUCCUCCAACCACCACCUCUGCUCCUCCAACCACCACCUCUGCUCCUCCAACCACCACCUCUGCUCCUCCAACCACCACCUCUGCUCCUCCAACCACCACCUCGGCUCCUCCAACCACCACCUCGGCUCCCCCAACCACUGGCACCGCAGCUCUUUUAUUGGUCGGAAUGGGUGAUUGUGCCACAAAUCCAGUUCACCAUCAGCAACACACAGAUGGAACUGUUGCGGACAAUAAUUCCAUUGGAAGGCCCCAGAGGCAGCCUGGGAGUUGUCUAUCUACAGAGGGUUAUGGCAGUUAUAUCUUCAGCGCCACUCGUUCCUACUCCAACCUGACCUACUACAUACUCCCCUACUGGGAUGAGGGAUUGGACGCUAUAUCUUCAGCGCCACUCGUUUAUUUUUAUAAUACUAUUAUACAUUUUAUAAUACUAACAUUCCCGCUCUUUCACACACUGUAUGAUUUGGUCUCUUUAAAGGUACGCUAGAUAUCUUCAACUCUAAACGGAUGAGGACCAGGUGGCCUUAACCUUUGUUAAGUACUUCCUCAUUCCAGUAUGAUUCCGUUUGGUCAUAUUUGGAGAGAGUCAGGUACUGUUAAGAUAUACGGCCUAUUGUUACUGUAUUUUGCUCUAUGGCACUUUAGCACAGCAUUCCAUCUGCUGACACAAUAUUUGUCUUCCACUCAGUACAACACGACCCAGGAGAGGCCUACUGCAAGCACUGGAUUGGAACCUUCAGAGCGUGCCUGCUGUGGGAGGACAACAGAACAUUCUGAAUGGACAUUAUUAAAACAGAACUUACAUUUUUGUAAUGCCCAAUUGGGACUUUUAUAAAUUGUUCCAAUAAAUGUGUGGAGAACGCCCUAUAGUUAAAAAAAUAUAUAACUAUGAAGAUAGUGGUUUGCCCCCUUUACAUUUUAUAUAAUUGUGAUUAACAGGAACCUAUUACAGGUAGUAACAUAACAUUGUUGACACAUUGUGACAGCUCAAAUUAUGUGGUUGAAGAUGGACUAGUGCAGAGCUCCUAACCUUGUUCUUGGAGAGCUACUGUCUUGUAAGUUCAUGCCUACCCUAAUCUAGUGGACCUGAUUUUAAUAAUUACCUGCUUAAUGAGGUUAGUUACAACUGAGGUUGGAUUGAAAACCUACAGGAGGGUAGCUCUCCAUGAACAGGGUUGGAGAGCCUAGGACUAAUGGAUUUAGUUCUUAGAUCAAUGUAUUUGAAAUUUGCAGUUCCCAGAAGUGGAGCUGUCACUUAAUGCAGUGGAUGGGAAGCCUUAUUUCAUGUAGUUCUAAUUAAAUGAUAAUGGCUGAA